AAACACAAACCUGUAACCUCUUCAGCUCCGUGAGGUGACUACGUAACGAUAUUAUUGAAAAGAAUGAGGAACUGCACCCUUCUCAAAGAUGGCCGCUGCGCCCCUCCCUGGCCUCUCAGGGCAACGCACACAGUUGUGUUGAUAGGGCAGGAAUGAAGUUACUGUGCACCCGAUGUAACACUGUCCUUGUGACUGACAUAUCAACACAACAGUGACAGCUCCCAACUCACAGAGGGACUUUGGACUGGGGCUCUGGGCAAGCUUCUCCCCACAGGAGAUAUGUUGGCUUUCAUUGCAAAAAGCAUGGCUCGACCGGUUCGAUUGGUGAAGCCCGUGUCGUCGGUGAAGCUGCCGGGCAGGUACUUGGCACACCAGGAAGGAUUGCCCCGUCUGCCGGUACCUCCGCUAAAGCAGACCCUGGACCGGUACUUGGUGGCCCUGAAGCCUCUGGUCAGCCAUGAGGAAUGGAAUAACACCAACCAGCUGGUGGAGGACUUCCAGACGUCUGGAGUUGGCGAGAGGCUGCAGAAGGGUCUGGAGAGAAGGGCCAGGAAGACCGAAAACUGGCUUUCUGAGUGGUGGCUGCAGACAGCCUACUUGGAAUACCGUAUGCCCGUGGUGGUCCAUUCCAGUCCUGGUGUGGUUUUGCCGAAACAAGACUUUUUGGAUCGACAGGGCCAGCUCAGAUUCGCAGCCAAGCUGAUCGAAGGUGUCCUGGACUUCAAGUCGAUGAUAGAUAACGAAACUCUGCCCGUGGAAUACCUUGGAGGAAAACAGCUCUGCAUGAAUCAGUAUUACCAGAUUUUAUCUUCUUGUCGGAUUCCGGGGCCAAAACACGACUCUGUCGUCAACUACAGUCAAGUGAAAAAGCCUCCAACUCAUAUCACUGUUGUCCACAACUUCCAGUUCUUUGAGCUGGACGUGUAUAACAGCGACAGGACGCCUCUCACCUCCGAUCAGAUCUUCAUUCAGCUGGAGAAAAUUUGGGGAACUUCCCUGCAAACGAAUAAGGAGCCCAUCGGCAUCCUGACAACCAACCACCGGAACAGCUGGGCCAAGGCCUACAACAACUUAAUUAAAGAUAAAAUCAAUAAGGAGUCUGUACGAUCAAUCCAGAAAAGCAUCUUCACGGUCUGUCUGGAUGCGCCCAUGCCCAGGGUGUCCGACGAGCUCUACAGGAGCCGAGUCGCAGCUCAGAUGCUGCAUGGGGGAGGCAGCCGGUGGAACAGCGGAAACCGGUGGUUUGACAAAACCCUUCAGUUUAUAGUAGCCGAGGAUGGUUCGUGUGGCCUGGUGUAUGAACAUGCGCCUGCUGAAGGACCCCCCAUCGCUGCCUUGUUGGAUCACGUCGUUGAAUUCACGAGGAAGCCGGAGCUGGUGAGAUCACCCAUGAUCCCUCUGCCAAUGCCUAAGAAGCUGCGGUUUAACAUCACUCCUGAAGUCAAGAAUGACAUUGAGAAAGCCAAGCAGAAUCUUAACAUAAUGGUUCAUGAUUUGGACGUGAAAGUCUUCAUUUUCAACAAGUUUGGAAAAAACGUCCCCAAAUCGGAGAAGCUAAGCCCAGACGCGUUUAUUCAGGUAGCACUUCAGCUGGCCUACUAUAGGAUGUACGGAAGGCCAUGCGCCACGUAUGAAAGUGCCUCGCUCCGAAUGUUCCGCUUGGGGAGGACGGAUACCAUUCGCUCCGCUUCUGUGGACUCUCUGAAGUUUGUUCAGGGCAUGGAAGACGCUGGAGUACAGAACCAAGAAAAAGUUGAUCUGCUCAGACGGGCCGUACAAGCUCACCGUGCUUAUACCGAUAUGGCCAUCGCCGGCAAUGCAAUAGACCGGCACCUCCUGGGACUAAAGCUUCAAGCUAUCGAAGACUUGGUCAGCAUCCCAGAGAUCUUCAUGGACACCUCAUAUGCAAUGGCGAUGCAUUUUAACCUGUCAACUAGCCAGGUUCCCGCCAAAACAGACUGCGUGAUGUGCUUUGGACCGGUGGUUCCGGACGGUUACGGAGUCUGUUAUAACCCGAUGGACGAGCACAUCAACUUCGCCGUAUCGGCUUUCAACAGCUGCGCCGAAACAAACGCCGCGCGGCUGGCGCAUUACCUGGAGCGAGCGCUCUCCGACAUGCAGCAGCUAAUGCAACGCACCCUCAAAUCCAAACUCUGAGCGCGGAGCUCGGGACAGUCGUACUAAUCUGCUGCCAAUACAGCACAAUCCGACAUGGUAACUUGGACACUUUUUCCAAUCAUAACAGAGGAUUUUAGGCCACAGCGGCCUAGGAGCUGUCACCGUCUAACGGGAGAACUUGCAUACUAACAACCGGCAGGGGGAGUAACAUAACUCCCCGAACACGGGAAAGACGCGACGUCUCUAACUUGUUUAAAUUGUAACGUGAUUUAUUUUUUAGUUGCCUAAUUUUAAUUUUGGGAAAAGUGAAAUUUUACAUUUGUUUAACGCACUAAAUAUCUACGCAGCAUAACGAACAUUUGUUUAUCGGAUACGUUACGCUUUGGAUGGAGUUUUUGAAGGGGUCUAUUCACUGCCUCUGGUGCCGCGUGGCCACAGUCGGCUUCGAAGCUGCUUUGUGUUCCCGAGAGGUGAAGGGCCGAGUUUCGCAAAGCGGACUCUGGAUCACAGGGGUGAAGUCACAAGAUUCUAGAUCUAAAGUAAUCCGAAAGUGUCACCAACUGAGACGUGCAGCCGUUUGGGGGGUUUGUGAUGGAGUUCACCCCUAAAUGUUCACACUCCCGUUCGUCUCAUCACGGAAGGGACUCACUUUUACACGACCGGUGCUCUGUAAGCUUUGCUCACGCAGACAUGAUCGAGGCCUUUACGAAAUGGUAAGUGCAAUGUUAACCUUGGACUUUCUGCCUGUUGUAAUUAAAAAUGUUUACUUUUGUUAUAAACUGUGAUUGAAAUGUCUAAAUGCCAUCAUUUCUAAUAAACAGACACUUACAGAAAAAAAAAAA